CGCAAAUUGCAAAUAGUUCAUAUCAGCAGACAACAGCAAGAAAAUCAAGUGAAAGUUGAGACUUAAUCAUGUCAAUUUGCAAUAUAAAGCAACCUACAUGCACAACAAUCUCAGCAUGUAGUUCUUCACAAGAUCUUGUCAAAGUUAUUUCAGGGAACUUAUCAGUGUUAAGUUUGUACAAUGUGGAUCGGGUCACCCAGACCCGACCCAUUUGAUCCACACGCCCAACACAUCAUGGGCGGUGGCAUACUUGUAAAUCUUAAUGUUAUUUUGUGUAUUUUAUGAUGCACCCUAAAUCGUGAUUAGUAUAUAAUGAUAACAAGAGGCAGACGUCAUUUGUUGCCGCUCUCUUUCAUCUCUCUCUUACUUGGACAUGCAGCCCACUUCUCUCUUCCUCCUCUUGCAUCUAACUUCAUUCGGUGGUUUGGUAUUAGAUAUCAAAAUCUUACAUGGUAUCAGAGCAGGGUUUUGCCACUGAGAAUGUCCGGUAAGAAUCUUUAAUUUCUGCCCUAAUCUUUGUUUCUUUCCUGUCCUAAUCCUCAAAUCUCUAUUUUCUACCCUAAUCCCCAAAUUUCUACCCUAAUCCUAAACCCCAAAUUUUCUACCCUAAUCUGCCAUAAUCCUACUGUCUGCCCUAACCCUAAUCUGCCCUACCUUCGGCCACCUAACCCUAAUAUCAAAAUUUCUAUUUUUCCCCUAUUUUCUGAUUAUUGCAUCUAUGGAUCCCCACCGCAAUUCCAACAUCUUGUCGUCCAAUUUCCUCUCCCAACUCAUCUCACAAAAGCUAAAUCAUACCAAUUAUUUGACAUGGAAAUGUCAAAUAGUCCCGUUCAUCAAAAGUCACCGUCUCUAUGGACAUCUCAAUAGCACUACAUCUGCGCCACCUGAAUGAAUUAUGCGAGAGGUGAAGAAUGUUGCAGGGCAAGUUCAAGAGACCAUUGCAGAAAUCAAUCCUGAAUAUGAGAUGUGGAUGGCUCAUGAGUCAUGAUCAAUCUCUCGUUGCUUAUAUCACCUCCACACUAUCAGAGGAAGUUUAGGCGGGUGUUGAUGAUGAUCUUUCAGCACUUGAGUUGUGGAAUGUACUUGCUAUCACGUAUUCUCAAGUAUUAGAAGCGAGAUUUCUACAACUCAAGAGGCAAUUUCAUGAUAUCAAGCGAGGCACACGUUCAGUCCUGGAAUAUAUACAUGAGAUAAAAAAUGUCAGUGAUCAGCUUGCCAUCAUAGGGCAUCCGGUCAGCGACAAGGACAAGGUACAACAAGCUUUGAGUGGAUUGAGGCCAAAAUUUGAUGUUUUCUGCACUGCUUUAGAGGUAUUGCAUGUUCUUUCCUCUUUUGAAGACCUGAAAGCAAAAUCGAUUCAGCAUGAAGCUAGUCGUGCACAGCGACAUGAAUUAAUUCAUUCUAGCUGUCACAAUGUGUUGGUCACUGGGACCCAUGCUUCGCAAGGAAGUCGUCCAAGAGUUUGGAACUCACAGGUAGGGAUAGAGAGAUGUAUCCUUCCUACACCUAACACAAAUGCAUAGGUAAAUGUACCACGAAUGAUACCUACUUGUUUAUAUUGCAAUAAGAGAGGUAAUGUGAAGUCAGAAUGUUGGCAUAACCCUCAGAACAAGGGAAAACAGGUCAGGUGUGACAAUAAGGCAGCAGGGUCAUCUGUUUCGAACACGACUGCGGCAUCGAACAUUUCCCCUGAUGUGCAGCAGAUUCUAAUGACAGCAUUGUCUAAAGUCAAUCUCAAGCAAAAUGAGGAAGGACAAUGGUAUGUGGAUUCUAGUGUUGCAGCUCAUGUAACUGGUGACGCAGGUACGCUUUCUAGUGCUCUCCCUUAUUUAGCUAAAGACUCAGUCGUCACAAGUGAUGGUUCCCAUAACAAAAUAUCGCAUAUUGGAAAUGCACACUUAUCCAUGGCUCAUUCCUCAAUACCCUUAAGGAAUGUUCUUGUUGUUCCAAAUGUCAAGAAAAAUAUCAUUUCUGUGUAAAAGCUUAUUGAUGAUACUCAUUCCUCUAUUGAGUUUACUCCUUCUUUUGUUUAUGUUAAGGAUGCUCGAACCAAGAAGACAUUCGCUGAGGGUGUUCGCAAAGGAGACAUGUACGUCAUUGAAGAAACUCCAAAAGUGUCUAAGUCUUGUGUUUCAGAUUCAUCAUUUCGCAGUCAUAGUGAAGUCAAUAUCACAAAGUAUGAUAUGCCAUCUCUUUGGCACGGUCAUUUAACACAUUGUAGUCGGUCUUUCAUUCAAAGUCUUGUUGCAGACGGACUAUUAAAAAAGUCCAGUCUAAGUCCUGUCAGUGAGUCUAGCAUGUGCUCAAGUUGUCAUAUUUAUAAGAGCCAUGCUCAUCCUUUUAUGUGAUGGUGGUGGUGAGUUCAUUUCGAAUGAAUUUACUAAGUACUUACUAAAUCAUGGGAUCACUAGAUAGAUUUCUUAUCCACACACACCACAACGGAAUGGUAUUGUUGAAAGAAAACAUAGGCACAUAGUUGAAAGUGCUCUCAGUAUGAUGCAUAACAGUAAUGUGCCCAUGACUUUAUGGACUGAAGCCUUCCAUACUGUUGUUCAUGUUAUUAAUCGACUGCCACUAUCCAUGCUUGAAGGAAAAUCUCCAUCCUUUAUUUUACAUCAAGAACAGCCAAAUUAUGACGAGCUGCGCGUUUUUCGAUGCAUCUGUUAUGUUCAUGUUGAUGUUUCUUUGAGAAAUAAGUUUCAAGAUCGAGCUGCCAUGUGUAGAUCUAUGGGUUAUGCAGAAAAUUAUAAAGGCUAUCGCUGCUACAAUCCAAAGUCUGGACGUGUGCAUGUUUCACGAUAUGUUGUUUUUGAUGAGCUCAGGAUGAUGGAUUUAAAGGAGCCACAUGCAACACUUAAUGUUAGAAAUGAUGUAUAUGACUCAUGAUUUAAUGCUGAAAUAUUAGACCAAGAAACUGAUACACACCACGCACGAAGUGACAGAACUAUUGAUGAGCUCAAGACAGCCACAGAUGGACAGCAUACCUUCAUCUACUCAGACCAACAGCAUGAACAUGACUUCACCUAAUCGGUUUUUAGGAGUGGUGUAUCAAUCGACGAUCAGUUCCAGCUGAUCCAGAAAUUGCCACUACUUAUCCACGUAAAUCAAAACGUGUGUGGAACCCUAUUGAUAGAUGGGUAAGUUAUGAUCAUUUCUCUUUGGAUUUUCAGCUCUUCAUGAUAGAAUUGAAAAAAAGGGUGGAGCCAAAAUGCUAUGAGCAAGCGUGCAAAAGCAAACAUUGGAUCGAGGCCAUGAAUGAAGAAAUGGCUGCCUUAAAUGAAUGUCAAACAUGGGAGAUCGUUCCUCGUCCAGAUGGUAAGAACGUAGUGGGCUCAAAAUGGGUUUACAAACUCAAAUAUAAACCCGAUGGAAGCAUUGAUAGAUACAAGGCUUGACUCGUGGCUAGAGGCUUCACUCAACAGUACGGGGAAGAUUAUGAUGAGACUUUCAGUCUAGUCGUCAAGAUGGGAACGAUCCGGGUUAUCAUCUCUCUUGUCGUCUCACAUGGUUGGAAUUUACAUCAGUUGGAUGUUAAAAAUGUUUUUCUUCAUGGUUUUUUAAAGGAAGAAGUUUACAUGGAACAACCUCUAGGAUAUGCUACCAAUGAUCCAACCAAAUGGGUGUGCAAAUUACAAAAAUCGCUGCAUGGGCUUAAGCAAACAUCUCCUUCAUGGUUCGAUAGAUUUUCCCUCCAUAUACAACAGGCUGGUUUCCUCAGAAAUUCACUUGGUCAUUCCUUAUUCAUCUAUCAUUCAUGUGAAGUUACCACUUGGCUACUCAUAUAUGUAGAUGACAUAGUUCUUAUUGAAAACUCUUCAUGUCAUAUGUCCCAUGUUAAGGAGGUAUUGCAACAAGAAUUCAAGAUGAAGGAUCUCAGCGAACUACGAUAUUUCUUGGGUGUUGAGCUUGAUAGAAAAGGUGACACAUUAACUCUUACACAACAUAAAUACACUCUUGAUAUUUUGGAUAGGACAAGUAUGACAAAUUGCAAGCCCAUAAAUACACCUAGUGUUCUCAACACAAAAUUAAAUGUCUCUAAUGGGAGUGAUGCCUACCCAAAUCCUAGUUUCUAUCGGAGUAUAGUUGGCAUGUUGCAAUAUCUCACUUUUACACACCCAGACAUAGUAUAUGUUGUGAAUCAAGUCUCUCAGUUUAUGCACGCACCCACAAAAGGGCAUAUGGAUGCUACCAAACGUAUUUUGUGUUAUCUUAAGGCUACUCUUGGGGAUGGACUCAUCUACACAAGACAGUCAACUGUUUUGCAUGGCCACAACAUUUCCACUUAUACUGAUGCAAAUUGGGCAGGUGAUCCACACGAUAAACGAUCAGUUUCCAGUUAUUGUCUCUUCCUUGAUUUCAAUCUUAUUUGUUGGAGUAGCAGGAAUCAGCGUGCAGUUGCCAGAUCUAGCACUGAGGUAGAUUAUACGGCAAUGACUGCAGGCACAACUGAAGCCUCAUGGUUACGUCAUCUACUUGGGGAACUCUCUCUUCCCAUUGCUCAGUCAUUUCGAUUUUGUCACAACCAAAGCGCGAUCAAGAUUGCCUUCAAUCCUGUUCUACAUAAUCGCACUAAGCAUAUAGAGAUUGAUCAACACUUCAUUCGUCAAAAGGUUGCAGAAGACGAGAUUGUUUCCACUUAUAUAUCCACGUCUGAACAAGUGGCUGAUCUUUUUACCAAGGGACUCACAAGGCACCAUUUCUGGGAAUUGAAGAACAAGUUGUGUGUUAAAGAUACAAAAAAGGGGUUUUCUGAAAUAUUAGGAAGUUAGGGAGGAUCUCUUUAAAUGUUUUGUUAUUUUUAGUGGACUUCUCUUGUAAUUUUCCCUAACCCUAAUCUCUUAAUAGAGAUUAGGGUCACGUAAUGAACUUUAGCUUUCUGCCGCCUCUCUCUCUCUCUCGCAACAUUGUGCAUAUGAUCAAACCCCAUGCACAACUUGAGGGGGGUUGUUAAGUUUGUACAAUGUGGAUCAGGUCACCCAGACCCGACCCAUUUGAUCCACAUGCCCAACACAUCAUGGGCGGUGACAUACUUGUAAAUCUUAAUGUUAUUUUGUGUAUUUUAUGAUGUACCCUAAAUCGUGAUUAGUAUAUAAUGAUAACAAGAGGCAGACGUCAUUUGUUGCUGCUCUCUUUCAUCUCUCUCUUGCUUGGAGUCCACUUCUCUCUUCUUCCUCUUGCAUCUAACUUCAUUUGGUGGUUUGAUAUUAGAUAUCAAAAACUUACAAUCAGCAUUGACAAGCAGAUAUUCUUUGCAG